AUGCGCGUGCCCGGCGUUCCCCGUGCGCAGCUGCCGCCGCUGCCGCCCGCCGCGCAGCAGCAGCAGCAGCAGCAGCAGCAGCAGCAGCAGCAGCAGAACCUGCUGCCGCCGUCGCGGCGGCUGCAGCAGCUAGCUGCGGGGGGCCGCCAAGUCCACGGCACAGACUUGAGAACCACCAAGUUCUACAGAACUCAACUUUGCCCUUUCCGCAGGGGCAGCCGCACUGGCCGCUGCGCACUGGGACUCGACUGCGGAUACGCACACGACCAGGCACGCAACGCUGCUGCUGCUGCUGCUGCUGCUGCUGCUGAUGAUGAUGAUGAUGGUUAUGGUGGUGGUGAGUGUCGUGAUGAUGGUUAUGAUGACGAUGAUGGUCAUGAGAAUAGUUAUGGUUAUGAGGAUAAUAAUGCUGCUGCUGCUGCUGCUGCUGCUGCUGCUGCAGUCCGAGCUGCGGAAGCCUCCGACUCUGGAGAGAACCAAGUGGUGUCCGCUGCUGGUGGCUGGCGGCUGCUGCAGCAGAAUGAUGACGAUGAUGGUCAUGAGAAUAGUUAUGGUUAUGAGGAUAAUAAUGCUGCUGCUGCUGCUGCUGCUGCUGCUGCUGCUGCUGCUGCUGCUGCUGCUGCUGCUGCUGCUGCAGUCCGAGCUGCGGAAGCCUCCGACUCUGGAGAGAACCAAGUGGUAUUUGCACAUGGCGUUGAAGAGCUUCGCCCAAGACCCGCUUUGUCGCCUCGAGGAGAUGAGGAGCGUUUGCUGCUGAGGGGGCCCCCACUCGCUGCUGCUGCAGCAGAAGGUUUGCCUGCUGCACCAGCAGCAGCAGCAGCAGCAGCUGCUGCUGCUGCUGCCGCGGCAGGUAAGGCGGCAGCAGCGAGAGAUGCCAGGGCUCAGGUAGCCAAGGGCAACAGAGUGCCGCUCAACUACUCAGCAGGUCCAGCAGCAGCAGCAGCAGCAGCAGCAGGGGCAACAGCAGCAGGAGCAACAGCAGCAGACACACAGUCGUCACAGAUGCAGGCAGCAACUGCUGCUGCUCCCCGUAGCUCAAGGAGACGCAGAAGGGCCCGCCGUGGAGCAGCAAAGACCCCACCGCCUGCUGUUGCUGCAGCUGCUGCACAGCAGCAGCAGCAGCAACAACAACAGGCGAUGGAGAUGCAGCAGCAGCAGCACCAGUACAGCUUGCAGCAGAAGCUGGAGCAGCAGCUGCAGCAGCAACUAGAGCAUCAGCUGGAGCAGCAGCUGCAGCAGCCACUAUUCCUGGCCCUCCGGGAACAGCACAAGCUGAAAAAGCUGCUGUUCAGCCCCGAGCAGCAGCAGCAGCAGAAGCAGCAGCCGCAGCAGCAGCAGCAAGGCGUUUACGGGGGCGGCUUGGCUUCGGCACUGACAACACCCGAGAAGUCAGUGCCUGUAAACAGCGGCAGCAACUGCAGCAACGGCAACAGCAGCAGCAGCAGCUUUUUGUCUCUCCGAGUGUCUCCUUCAUCUUGCGUCGGCGUGUCUGUCCCCUCCUGGGCCUCAGCAGCAGCAGCAGCAGUAGCAGCAGAAGGCGCAGCAGCAGAAGGUGCAGCAGCAGAAGGUGCAGCAGCCGCAGACGACGAGGAGCAAGUGUUUGCAGCGCAGCAGCAGCAGCAGCAGCUGCAGCACGAACAGGAGCUGCAGCGGUUGCAGGAGCAGCAGCAAUUGCAGCUAGAGCUGCAGGAGCAGCUGCUGCACCAGCUGCAGCAGCAGCUGCUGCCUGAGGGUGUUGCUGCUCACUGCCCGCCCCUCACGGCUUUCUCUAUUAAACAGCAGCAGCAGCAGCAGCAAGAGCAGCAGCAGCAGCAAGAGCAGCAGCAGCAGCAGUUGAGCAUCCAGCAGCAAGCCAAGGAACUAGCGGCUUUACUGCUGAGGCAGCACCAGCAAAAGUAUCAACAGGAGCGCCAACGAUCGAUGCAGCGGCUGCAGCAGCAGCAGCAACUGCAGCAGCAGCAGUUGCUACAGCAGCAACGGUUGCUGCAGCAGCAACAGCAGCGGCAGCAACAACAGCAGGAGGAGCAGCAGCAACUGGUGCUGCAGCAGCACCAUCAGCAGCUCAUGACGGCCUACGAGCAGCAAACUGGGGCCCCCUUGUGGCGCGUUGGUGCUUCGCGGCCUCCUGGGCUGAUUCACAGGGAAGCAGCAGCAGCAGCAGCUGCUGCUGCUGCUGCCGCUGCUGCUGCAGCUGCAUUGAGGUCAGCACCAGCCGCAAAAGCUCCAGACGCCGCAGCAACUUCUACUGUAGCAACAGCUGCUGCAGCAACAGCUGCUGCUGGCGGCGGCCAUGAGCUUCCUUUCCGCGGCCGAAACUCAUGGGGCGCCACACAGCAGCAGCAGCAGCAGCAGCAGCAGCAGCAGCAGUGGAGUGGGUCGGGCCAGAGAAAGACUUGUUCUGUGGCUGCCUCUUCAGCUCUAAAUCCUGCUGCUGCUCCUUUUGUUCCUGCUGCACUCAGGGGCCCCCAGGGGCCCCCUAUAGUUGGGGGCCCCCAGCUGCUGCCUGACGGGGGCCGCGCAGCCUCCUUGCUGCCUCAGCAGCAGCAGCAGCAGCAGCAGCAAGAGCAGCUGCAGCUGCAGCUACAGCACCAGCUGCAGCGCCUGCAGCAGCUGCAUCGCCUGCAGCAGCUGCAGCAGCAGCAGCGGCAGCAGCAGCUUCAGCAGCCGUGGGUUUCCGGGGCCGCGGGAGCCCCGCAGGGCCCCUCCUCGGUGCCCCUGAUGACAGCAGCAGCAGCAGCAGCAGCAGCAGCAGCAGCGACGCAGCAGGGCCUCAGCAGCAGCCAACUUCGAGAUCUAGAAGGGGGGACAGAACCUCUUGUUUGCUCCCAAGGGUACAGCUACAGUUCUUUGCUGCCGCUGCAGGUGGGGGGCCUCGCCUACUUAGCUGCGACCCUUCGGAGGGACCCCCAAGCUGCUGCGCAGUGA